AUGAAGAAUGGUAAUUUACGUACCAAGAUUACGUCGGCGGGCAAGCCAGACUCCAUUGCCAAGACCAUUCACGGUAAACUCGAAGUCUCCUCUACACAGCAGCGCAGUCGUCACGAAUCGAACCUCUCUCUCGGGGACAUGUCCGAGGACUCCUUUAUCCGAUACAACGAGGAAGACGACGCCGCCAUAGCUUUGAGGACUACCUCCAUGGAACUCUCGAGACAUGUGCGCAAUCGUUCGCAAAAUCACCCUGCAGUCAUCAUGUCGCCUCCUGAGCUCUCGGCCAGGCCUCCAACGCCCCGUCCAGCCCCUGUGACCUGGAUGUCCCUGCCCCGGAAGAAACAGCUGGCGUUGCUCAGUCUCAGUCGCGUCUUUGACUUCCUUCAGAUCGCCUCCCUGCAGGCGUACAUGUUCUAUCAGCUGAAAUCUUUCGAUCAGAACCUCUCCGACGCCGACAUAUCGACACAGGCCGGCAUCCUACAGGGCGCUUUCACCGCUGCGCAAUUUGCCACCGCUAUUCCCUGGGGCCGAGUGGCCGACGCAGAAUGGGGAGGGCGGAAGUUUGUCUUGCUGGUUGGUCUUCUGGGUACCGCGGUCUCAUGUCUUGGGGUUGCCUUCUCGACGUCGUUCGCGCAGGCCGUGUUCUGGCGUUCAUUUGGCGGUGCAAUCAACGGUACAGUAGGCAUUAUCCGGACGAUGGUCGCGGAAAAUGUGAAGGAAAAGAAAUACCAUUCCCGGGCAUUUUUAAUCCUGCCGAUUGGAUUCAAUGUCGCUUCCUUGUUUGGGCCAAUCAUGGGUGGUAUGCUUGCGGAUCCCGUUAAGAGUUAUCCCCGAUUGUUCGGCCCGGAUUCUUCUUUUGGAGGCCAUACCGGUGUGCAAUGGCUUAUCCGGUACCCAUAUGCCUUACCCAUGUUGGUCAACGCCAUUUUUCUCUCGUUUACUGCAGCUUGCGUGGCAACAGGCUUGGAAGAGACUCUUGAAACUUGCAAAGGGAAGCCCGGCUUGGGCGUGUUUAUGAAGAGGAUCUUCGCCCGCGUCGCCAGGUCGGUGGUUCCGUCGUCUUCACAUCUUUAUCAUAAAUUGCCCUCCGCCGACUAUGAUGAAGAGGGCCCUCUAUUGAACCAUCGACGGGGCCCUGCCGAAGGCUACGAACUCGAAGAGAAAGCCAAAAAACCUGUUCGGCACACUCGCAUUCUUCCUUUCCAGAGACUGUGGACGAAGAAUGUACUGUGCACACUGCUAGCUCAGGCUUUCUUUGACUUCCAGAUGGGUGCAUUCAACAACCUCUGGCUGCUUUUCCUCUCCACACCUCGCUACGACUCCAAUGACCCUGCCCGUCCUGCUCGAACUCUGCCUUUCAUUUUUACGGGAGGGUUGGGCAUGUUGCCUCAGAGCGUGGGAUUCGCCACGGCGAUUCUGGGGAUCAUAGGCAUGCUACUGCAGUUCACCAUCUAUCCCUCCAUCAACAGCCGCCUAGGCACGGCCAAGAGCUACCAGUACUUCCUGACCCUCUUUCCUCUAGCCUAUGCGUUUGCACCUUACAUGUCCCUUGCCCCUUCCAGCACCCCACCCCCUGGACAGGCCAACGGCGGAUGGGUGUGGUUUUCCAUCAUCAUCGUUCUAUUCCUACAAGUUACGGCUCGCACAUUCACACUUCCCACCUCGAUCAUCUUACUCAACAACUGCUCUCCACAUCCGUCGGUCCUAGGUACGAUUCACGGAAUCGGCCAAUCGGUGUCAUCGGCUUUCCGUACCGUGGGCCCUAUCUUCUCAGGAUCCUGGUACGGAUACGGUUUGGAUAUCGGCAUGGUCGGAUUUGCCUGGUGGUUGAUCGCUCUGGUAUCCAUAUUGGGAUGCAUUUCGGCCAUCUUCGUAUACGAGGGAUCCGGUCAUGAGAUUCUCCUUGCGGGAGAAGAAGAGGACUUUCGUCAUUGA